UUGGUCUGAACUACGGGUCAGCUGGAGGACCCGCAGCACUAACCAGGCUCUCAGAGGCUUCCUCUCUCCAAGCUGACCUCUUUGUGUCUCCCGAGCGUCCGACAGCUGCCGGCGUUGGACUCUUCUCCGCGCCGUGUCGCCCGUCCGCAGCUCCCGUCUGCGCCUUUUCUCCGCCGAGACGCAGAGCGAUGCCGCCGCCGCCUCCUCCUUCUCCUCCUCCUGCGCCGACGAGCCGCUGAGAUCCGGAGCCAUCGCCAACAUCAGAGGGUGUCUCCUCCCGACCAAGCCGCCAGGUUGUUGUCAAACACCAGAGGGGCGUCGAUGCCAAUCCUCCCAGCGGCGCGGACGUGCCUCUGAGAGCGAAGCCCGUCCAGAUGAUGUCCGGGAAGCAUUUCAAGGCUCAUGAAGUGAGCUGCUGCAUCAAGUAUUUCAUUUUCGGAUUCAACAUCAUAUUCUGGUUCCUGGGAGUAGCCUUCCUUGGCAUCGGCUUGUGGGCAUGGAGUGAAAAGGGCGUUCUCUCCAACAUCUCGUCCAUCACCGACCUGGGGGGGUUUGACCCCGUGUGGCUCUUUCUUGUGGUCGGGGGAGUGAUGUUCAUCCUCGGUUUUGCUGGCUGCAUUGGAGCGCUCCGGGAGAACUCCUUUCUUCUUAAGUUUUUCUCCGUGUUCCUGGGUAUCAUCUUCUUCCUGGAGCUGACCGCAGGAGUCCUGGCGUUUGUCUUCAAGGACUGGAUAAAGAAUCAGCUCAACUUUUUCAUCAACAACAACAUUCGCGCCUACAGAGAUGACAUCGAUCUUCAAAACCUGAUCGACUUCACACAGGAAUACUGGGAGUGCUGUGGAGCCUUUGGAGCCGACGACUGGAACUUGAACAUUUACUUCAACUGCACCGAUUCCAACCCGAGUCGCGAGAAAUGUGGAGUGCCCUUUUCCUGUUGCACCAAAGAUCCAGCUGAGGACGUCAUCAACACUCAGUGUGGAUACGACAUCCGAGCGAAAACGGACUCUGAGCAGAGAAACUUUAUAUACAUCAAAGGCUGCGUGCCACAGUUUGAGAAGUGGCUUCAGGACAACCUGACCGUGGUGGCGGGCAUCUUUAUCGGGAUCGCGCUGCUGCAGAUAUUCGGGAUCUGCUUGGCACAGAAUCUGGUGAGCGACAUUGAAGCUGUGCGAGAGAGCUGUUUGUUCACCUGACACCUACACGCUGUUGCAGGAAGGAUGCAUCAGGUUUGGACACCAGCAGCAAAGGGAUAAACAGGUUUCAUCCCAGAUUCCACCCAGCCCUGUGUAAAUAAUAAAUUAAGAACCGAUGUGAGUCGUCCUAAAUGAAAUGCAACUUCUGAAAUCUACGGGAAGCUCCGAUGCAGAGCAGCUAACACUGCGUCCAAUUCAUCCCCAUACAAGCAGCUCUAAAGGUAAAAGGACUGCAUGGAGGAGCUGGAGAGGGACAGGAUCGGUGCACGCAGGAAUUAAAGGGAUGCAGCGUCUUGACGGCUGCAUGGGAGACGCUCUGGAAACGCACUGCAUGCCGUUUGCCUUCUGAUGGGACACUGGCUCGCCUAAACGGAUCUGAUUUAGUAUAUUACAGUGUUUAUUGAAUCGUU